GCUGACAAGGAAACAAGCUUUUGCACCGUAGCCCAACUUCCCAUUUUCAUGGUUCUGAAUCACUCCUCUCUUCAUUGUUCAGCAUCCCUUUGAAGAUUAAAGCGCAAGCCUGAAGACAGGACAUCUCUUGAGUCGGAUCGUUGUGCUGGCUUUGUUUGCUGUUUUGGAGAGGCGUUUUACUUCACACUUGCAAAUGAGCUCUUAAGUUGCUGGACAUGCUGUAGGUGUAUUUGGAUGCACUUCCAAAGCAUAGAUGAUCAGCUAACUGUGCAGACAUCAGGAGUGGCAAUCCUUUAGGAUGAGAAUCUUAAACAAGCCCAGCAGUCUGAAGAUAAUGGCUAUGGUGAGAUCUUCACUGCAGAAAGUGAUGAUUUUUCUACAGCACAUCCAAAGAAUGGCCGUCACGUCACCACGUUAUCAGAAACUGUGCAAGGACAUUCAGACAGAUGUUGAUACCCAGAGUGAUCUUUCUAAAAUGGCUCUGGGGGGUCAGAUCCUGAAUACCAAGGCACAAGAGCUUGAAAAGUUCGGAGAUGUGGACCACAUCCAAAUAGCCUCGAGAAGAGAGUGUUUGGAGGCCGGUGCGGAGAAAUGGACAGGACUCAUAGCCAUCCUUGAGGAGCUUUGGUUCUGGGUGAAGCUGAAAGAUGAGGAGCUGACAAAGCAAAGGCCGGCGGGAGAGGAUGUACAUACUUUAUUGCAGAAACAAGGCUACUGUACGGCAUUGCACAGCGAGUUGAUUGGACGGAGGCAGGAUGUGAAUCAGAUGUGUCUGUCUCUGGCUGUUCAUCCUACAACAAUGGAGGUCCAGAGCAAUGUAGAGACGGCUGGAGCAGACACAGUCCAGGAGGAGAAGAUUCGUCAGCUGGCUCAAGCGGUUCAGGACCAGGCUAUUGAGGUUCAGCAGCACUGGGAGCGGUUUAGUGCUCAGGCCGCCAGCUGGCAGCACGAGGUCGACUGGGCUCUGGGGAAACUUCAGGACCUCCAACAUGCCAUGAACCAACUGGACCUCGGCCUGGCUGAGAUGGAGCAUGAGAGCUGGCACUCUGAGGAACACAGCAUGGUCAACUGUGUGCUGGGGAACGUAGAAAAUAUUGGGAUUGUGGGUAAUCAGCACCGGCAGUUACAAUGCUCUCAAACGGAUAAGAAACAUUUCUCCCAUGACUUCUUGUCUGUUUCUGUUCAGUUCCCAUGGCAAAGAGCUGUUUUUCACAACGGCGUCCCUUAUUAUAUCAACCAUGAGCAGCAGACCACCUCGUGGGAUCAUCCGAAGAUGACACAGCUAUUUCAGUCUAUGGCUGAUUUGAGCUAUGUGCGUUUCUCCGCUUACCGCACAGCGAUGAAGAGCCGCCGGCUACAGAAAGCCCUUUGCUUGGACCUUUUGGAGCUCGGCAUCGCCCAGAGUGUCUUUGAUCAACAUAAACUCACGCAUAAUGGCCAGCUACUGGAGAUUCCAGGCAUCAUAAACUGUCUCUGCACAAUCUACCGUGAACUUCAGCAGGUGCAUCCGGAUCUGGUUGAUGUGCCUUUGUGCGUGGAUCUGUGUCUCAACUGGCUGCUAAAAGUCUAUGACAGCGACAGAAGUGGGAAAGUUCAAGUGUUGUCCAUGAAGAUUGGCUUGUUUUCUCUUUCGAAAGGACCUCUAAAGGACAAGUACAAAUAUCUGUUCGCUCAGGUGGCCGGUGCGGCGGGCGUCUGUAACCAGAGGCAGCUGGCGUUACUGCUACACAGCAGCAUCCAAAUCCCACACCAGCUCGGGGAGGCCGCAGCGUUUGGAGGGAGUAACAUGGAGCCCAGUGUCCGUAGCUGCUUUCAAUUUGUGGGCCGUGAUGACGUCAUUGAGCUGCAGCAGUUUGUGGACUGGAUGCAUCUGGAGCCGCAGUCCAUGGUCUGGCUGCCUGUGCUUCAUAGAGUCGCCGCCGCAGAAACCGCCAAACAUCAGGCCAAAUGCAACAUCUGUAAGGAGUGUCCCAUGGUGGGCUUCAGGUAUCGAAGUCUGAAGCACUUUAACUACAAUGUGUGUCAGACGUGCUUUUUCUCUGGAAGGAUUUCCAAGGACCAGCACCUCAGCUAUCCGAUGGUGGAAUACUGCACCCCUACAACCUCAGGAGAAGAUGUGCGUGACUUCACCAAGGUGCUGAAAAACAAGUUUCGCUCAAAGAAGUACUUCACCAAACACCCUCGGCUCGGCUACCUGCCCGUCCAGACCAUCCUGGAGGAAGAGCAUUUAGAGACCCCCGUUGCAUUUGUAAGCAUGUGUCCAGAGGAGUAUGAGACGACGCAGAACAACAGAGAAUCCAGUGCCAUCUUACCUGUAGCAGAAUCUCACCUGUCAACAGGAAAAAUGGGUGCAGACGACGUCCACACUCAGAUUGAUGAGAGAGCAGCUACAUGUGCACAUCAGAGCUCAUCCGACACUGAGGUGAUGAUGAUGAAUGAGCUGGAACGCUCUCACAGUCUGGAGGAGGACAGAUCUGAGGAUGUUUUUGGUGACUUCACAUGAGAGUCUUCAAUCAAGAUGCGAUAGUGGAGGCGAGGCCUGGGAUCUGAAGUUUGAGUUCUUUGCAUAAGAUUUCAUCUUGCAUCACCCAUGUAACAGCAUCUCACACCCCACACCGAGAUGACUGAUGCAGUUUUAGUGUGACAGGACUUUCAUCAUCGCCGUCUUCCACUCCUCACACUGAUAAGAGCCAGUGUCAACCGUAGCGCAGAUGUGUUUGUUUACCCGUGAGCUGUUCGCUAGAGGAUGACCGUACAGACAGAUCGCUCGCCGUUCACACCCCACGCGACUUCCUCCCAGAGAGACUGCUGUCAUGCUUUAAUGCCACUGAUAAAAAUGUACACAUUCUCUCACCAUGACAAUCAGUUCUGCAAUGCAGAAUAAAGGCUGCUUUAAAGGAAAAGUGCACCCAAAAUGAAAAUUUGCUGAAAAUGUACUCACCCUCAGGCCAUCCAAGACGUGGAUGAAUAUGUUUCUUCAUCAGAUUUGGAGAAACGUAGCAUUACAUCACUCACUCACAAUCGGAUCCUCUGCAGUGAAUGGGUGCCGUCAGAAUGAGAGUCCAAACAGCUGACAAAAACAUCACAAUAAUCCAUAAGUAAUCAACACCACUCCAGUCCAUCAGUUAACAUCUUUCUGCGUGUUUGUAAGAAACAAAUCCAGUUUUAAUUUUAAACACUGUUGUCCAUGUAUAGGUGCAAAUGCAACAAGAGUUUAAAAAAGAAUCACGGAUGUGGAGUGUUUCUUCUCCGAUUUCAUUGAUGUAGGACAUCCAAACAGAUGUUUCCUCCAUUUUUAUUCCAAAAAUAUGUUUUAUACAUUUGUUUGCUGUGUGCAUCUUACAUACAGUUGAGGUCAAAAGUUUACAUCCCCCUUAGAGAAUCUGCAAAAUG